CCGCUUCCGCUUCCCGCGCUUUGGGCGCGCGCCUUGCCUGAGGAACCGGCUCCUUCCUUCCGCUCCGAGAAGAGUCAGGAACUACAAGUCCCAGCCUGCCCCGGGGCGCUUCCGUCGUCUCCAGCUCAGGGUUUCCAGUUUCCAAACCUGAUGUCACCUCCCAGAAGGAGCAAAGGGAAGAGCCGUUUUCCCCAGAUCUCAGAGGAAAGUGAGAUUCUGAGAGACUGCUGUACAGGUGAUGGGAUGGUGAAUGAGACCAUGGCGCAGGAUCCUCAGCAGGAAGGUGAUGAGGAAGUGGAACCACAUGGGGUGUUACUGCAAAGAUGCAAAGGGAGUGUGUCCAGGAGUAGUGAGCAGGAAAAAGCCAGUGAGAAUCAGUACAGGCCAGAGAAGCAGCAGAGAAACCAGCCAACACAGAAAGCUGGUCAAUCUGUUAAUUAUCAGGGAACUCAGAAAGACAACAAGAAAACCAUGGCCCAGCAGAUUAUCCUCAUGGGAGAAAGAAAUAAAACAUGCAUUGAGUGUGGGAAAAAGUUCAGUAAGCGAGCACACCUUAUUAUCCAUCAGAGAAGCCACACAGGGGAUAAACCCUAUGAAUGCUGUGAGUGUGGGAAAACCUUCGCUCAGAGAUCAAACCUUACUACGCAUCAGAGAAUCCACACAGGAGAGAAACCCUAUGAAUGCUGUGAGUGUCAAAAAUCCUUCACUGAUCACUCAACCCUUAUUAGUCACCAGAGAAUCCACACAGGGGAGAAACCCUAUGAAUGCUGUGACUGUGGGAAAUGCUUCUCUCGGAGCUUACACCUUAUUCAGCAUCAGAGAAUCCACACAGGGGAGAAACCCUAUGAAUGCUGUGAAUGCGGGCAAACCUUCGCUCAGAGCUCACAGCUUAUUAGACAUCAGCGGAUCCACACAGGGGAGAAACCCUAUGAAUGCUGUGAAUGCGGGAAAACCUUCACUGGUAGUUCAAACCUUAUUAGCCAUCAGAGAAUCCACACAGGGGAAAAACCCUAUGAAUGCUGUGAGUGUGGGAAAACAUUCACUGAUAGCUCAACCCUUAUUAGUCACCAGAGAAUCCACACCAGAGAGAAACCCUAUCGAUGCUGUGAAUGUGGGAAAACUUUCUCUUGGAGCUCAGCUCUUAUUCAACAUCAGAGAAUCCACACAGGGGAGAAACCCUAUGAAUGCUGUGAGUGCAGGAAAACCUUUUCUCAGAGCUCAGCCCUUAUUCAACAUCAAAGAAUCCACACAGGGGAGAAACCCUAUGCAUGUUGUGAGUGCGGGAAAACCUUUGCUCAGAGCUCAAAACUUAUUAGACAUCAGAGGAUCCACACAAGAGAGUGACCCUAUGAAUUUUAUGAAUAUGGCAAGUUCUUAUAUCCGAACUCAGCCUUUCUUUAUCAUUAGAGAUGCUGCAAGGGAGUAGGAGACCAUAUAAACCCUGUCUAGAAAAGAAUGUUUUCCUUUUGCUAAUUCCCACGUAAUGAAAUUAAAGGCAUCAUUUGUGUCCCUGUGAUAUUUCAGUUCCCCUAGAUGAGUUGUCUGCUUUUCCCUUCUGUAGCACAUCUUCCCUUAGGGAGAAUCCCAGAGUCUUUAUGAUCAACUGCUUUGUUCUAUGUCAUGGAAGUGUGUCUCUCAAACAAGAAUGUCCAUCAACUCCAGAAGUUUAAUGUACUGGAGCCUUGAUUCCACUAGGAUUUACCUAGCUUCAAUUAGCAAUCUUGAUGUAAAGACAAGGUUUUUUUCAAUUAAAAAAAAAAAUUACCGUGGCCACUAUAAAUGGACUAUCAAAUUUUGUGAAGACCUGAGAUAACAUCCAUCAUUUUUCCUAGUGUAAACAAAUUCGGAGCAUCACAUUUAUACUUUUCCUCCCACUGCAAAGCAAUUGUUGGUUACCACAUUCCCUCGCUAUGGACAGAUUGUCUCAUUCCCAGUUGUUUUCACAUUGCACUGGGUUCUGCUGAAUGUUUUUAUACCAUUUUAAAUACAUAUAAAGAUAACAAAGAGAAGGAGCAGGAUUAGGGAUAGGAAAAUACAAGUUUUUUCAACCUCUGUGACACCUGAAAAAGAAGUGGUGAGUCGCAGGGAUUACUCCAGCAGUGUUUCUCUCUUUGAUCCAGAAUUUAUGUAGAAUUAGUUUUCCACUUUCUACACCUCCACCUCUCACUGUUGUCUUAUGAUUCAGUGUUAUCAGCCCUCUGCGUGGGAAUAACACUUGGAUUUGAUCCUAAACCAUAGUAAUUCAGGACCUGAGAUGAAAGUGUCAAAUACCUGGAAGGGGAAUUUAAUUAAUCUCAACUGUAGUAUAAUAAUUUGGAGUUCAAAUCUCAGUUUCCAACAAUUGGAAAGCCUUUUCUAGGAUUUUUCCUAUUGAGAUGGGAUUGUUUGGAGAUGGAGAGGCUGGGAUUUUUUCCAGUUAUGAUGAUGCUGGAAGUUUUGUAAAUGAUACCACUCAAUAGUAAUGAGUGAAGCAGGUUUCAAUGAGUCAGAAGAGAACAUAAUGGGAGAAUAUCUUGUUUUGAUUCUGAGUCAUCACCUUUAACUUGCUCUGGAAUUUCUAGUUCAGCGGUCCCCAACCUUUCUGUGGGAAUAGCACAUUGGCGCCCGCCACAGUCUGUUGGGAAUAGCAAACACCCCACCUCCGAAAUGCUGCUGAGAAGUGGCAGUGGAAAGAAGCCUCACCGCCGAGAAAUGGCAACGCUUCUCGAUGGCAUUUCGGCAGGCCAUUCUCAGGUGGCUGUGCCCGGCGGUGGCAUUUCAGCAGCAUAGUGUCCUGCGGGCGUUGGGGACCCCGUUCUAGUUAGUCUUUUCUUAUUUUAUUUUUGCUUUUCCCUGCCCCCUCCAUGAUGAGAUGGAGAAACUUCAAGUGCAGUUUAAUCAAACAGGAGAGAAUACUCCAAACUUACUGUUUUUACGUCUCGCAUCUGAAAUGGUCAACAGCAGCCCACCCCAAAUUGCACAACUAACUGAAAUAAACUGGAUACAAUCAAUCAGAGUGUUGUUCAGUUGUUUAGGUCAAUAUUGUAUCACAUGAUCCAGGGAGAGAAUUCCACAGUAAGUGACUAGGAACUAAGCAAAAGGUGCAUGUGUUUGUUUCCCAAGGCAAUUGUGACCCAGACUCGUGACAGACGAUAUCCCAGUGUUCACACCCUACACACAUUUGCAGUAAUUUUAGUGCAAGGCAUUGAGAGAUUACACUCCAUAUCCUUUAUGAAAAUAUGCUUAUGGUAUGGAUAUGACAUAAUAGAAAUCCUUUCUGCAAGAUGGCUCAUGUAAGAUAUCAUUGGACAGGUUAUGAUUUACUGAAUGUGAUUAUCCAAUGUAUUUGCAUGUAUCAUUUCUUUAGCUAAAGUUGGAAUAUCAGCUAUGUAACAAUUACAACUCAGAGUGUAUUGGGAAGAUACCCACCAGAUGAUAGGCCAUCAGAUUUGAUGGGCCAUCAGAAAGACACAACAAGACUGGAAAGAUACUAAUCUCUCUCCUUCCUGGGAUCUAGCAGUGUCACAGCUACAUCAGGUGGUCUUGUCUCCUGAUACUAAACAUUAUCUUGGACUUCUUGUAACUUUCCACUACAAGGAGAAGGAGUGUCAAGUUUGGGAAGCAAAAGAUUCCUAGCUUAUGUAAAUCUUAGGGAAGGGUGGGGAGGAGGGCAAUCGAGACUUUCCUCCAUUGUCUUCCCAAGAAGAAGGACUGCUGAAAGUACCUGGAGGAACAGAGGAACUAACCUGAAGGGAAAGGCAGGGGAGAGUCCAGACCGAGGCAGGGUUCUGGUCUGCAAGAAGAAAUAACUGGGACUUUGAGCAACAGAAACUCUUCAUUCUGCCUAAUUCAACAUUUAGGGUAAGAAACUACAUUCGGUAUUCUGUAUCUUUAGUGAAUCAAGCUUAGUUUGUGUGUUUUGUUUUAUUUGCUUAGUAAUCUGCUUUGAUCUGUUUUAUACUCACAAUUUUUCUGUAGUUAAUAAAGUGACUAAGUGAUAGCAAACAGGUAAUCUGCUAUGAUCUAACAAAUAAACAAGAAACUGCAAACUAAGCCUACUAUACUAGGUAAAUAGAAUUUGAAUUAGCAAUUUCUCACCCUGACUGAUAAUACAAGCAGUCCACCAAGUUUCCAUACACAGGUUCGAAAUCUCUUUAGCCUGGGACCAGCACUUCCCCCAGUUCAGUCUUUGUUCCUCAGAUAUUUCCAGGAGUUCUCUUGGGUGGGGAGUGAGGCCCAGAGAUGAUGUCACUCCUCAUUUUAUGUAGUUUUUCCAUGUGAUGGGAACCCUUUGUUUCAAACUAAGUUCACAGCCCAGUUUGUGGAAAGAUCUAGGUACCAAACUGGAGCUCAGUGUCAUGUGGUCUGGUCACAUGCCCUUGCCUGCCUUGCUGAGUCAUAGCAGCCAUUACUCAGAUUGUCUGGUGCGUUCUCAAGAAGGCUGAGCUCUUCCAUGCUCCAUUGUCUUUGUUGAUGAGCCAUCACCACUUGUCUAGCUUCUACAUUGUUGUACCUGAAAGGCUAGUUCUGGAUGUUACCCAGAGUAAGCACAUUUGAAAUACAGAUACCUAGUCAAUAUUCAUACCUCCAGAUACAAAAAUGAUACAGGCAUACAAAUAGGAUAAUCAUAUUUAGCAAAUCAUAACUUUUCAAUGGACACCUUACAUGACAUAUUUGUACAAGAUGCAUUAUAGUACAUCAUAUCAUGAUCAUAUCAUAAUGAUACCAGUAUGAUGAAUAUGGGGUGCAGUGUCACAGUGGUGAAACCUUGCAAAAGACAGGCUGUGAGCAGAAGUCAAGCUCUGCCUGCAUGGAGGCUCACAGAAUCUGUCAACAGGGCUCAUAUUGCAAAAACAUUCACAUUCCUGAGAAGUGUUAGGCUCAGGACAUUCACAGAAACACAUUCCAGAAGGAUGGUAUCAGAACCCCCUGACUUCUCUUAAAGAUGGGGUCAGGAUGACAGUGUGAUGGAUAGAGAUGUUUUGAUCGUACCAACAUGUACAAGGUAAAGGGUGGUUACUGACCAUAUCAGAGGGGCAAUAUGAAAUUUGUUUGUAUCAGUGUACAAAAUAGAGUCUUGGAGGAAGUGUCUUUGGCUAGCCUAGGGGAAGUGGAAAGUCCCACCACUGACAGAGCUGGUCCAUUGUGACAAGCAUACUUGUGGUAGUGGUCCUGUAGAGUCUACAGGAUACUAGGACUGUGCUUCAUUAAUAAAGUUGGCUGGGUGCCUUUGCUACUAAACAGGUCUGUGGUGAUGGGGCAGUUUGAUCAGAACCUGAUGUAUGGGCUAUCUGGCCAGAGCCAGUGCAACACAGAGAGAACACACACAUGCAGACAUCUGACAACUGCAGUGUUAUAUGCGAAGUAGUAAACACAAGCUGCAAUCAUGACUAAUAGUAUGUUAUCCAUAUAAAGCUGGGGAGUAGCCAAAACCAAUUCCUCAGAGGCAAAGGGCAGCUGAUGCCUCACCCAAGUGUAAACAAGGGUGAUGGACCAUUGCCUGCGAAUUGACCAUUCUUUGCCAGGAAAGGGGCUGGGCAAAAAAUUCUACAUUUUAGCAAAGAAACAUGGAGUUCCUGUUCACACAGAUUACCUGUAGUCUUGCUCCCAGCUGGGAAUGCUUCUCAAAGUGGGAACAGGACUAUAAAACAAAGGGGCAGACCCCACCCCCCCCAACACCCCUUUUCUCUCCCUGCUCAUUGGAUUCUCUGCACCUGUGAAGACAAAAUGACACAGCCCUUAAGCUUUGAUUGAGGUGUUCUACUCAGCACGUGCUUCAGGAGUAAGACUACUGAAGCACAUGCUGAGAAAAAUUUGCUUUGAAACUAAGAAUUUCUUAAGUAUGUGUUAGGAAGCAUUUUAUCUUUAUUUUUUGUAACCAUUUAUGACUUUUAAGCCACAUUACCUGUACUCUCAUAAAAUCUCUUUGUAGUUGUUAAACUUGUUUUCUGUGUUAAAUACAGUGUGUUUAAACUGAAGUUUCUGAAUAGCUAUUUGAAAUAAUAAGAUGGUAUAUUAUUCUUUUAAAGGUUUAUUGGACUUCAAAUAUUUUGUAGUGUCCAGGAGAGUACUGGGCAGUACAAGACAUACAUUUCUGGGGAAAAUCUGGGACUGGGGUGUGUGUGUUAGGGCUCACUAUAAAGUGUAGUAGAAAGAGAGCCUAAGACAUGAGGUGUGGUAAAAGGGGCCUGGUGUAAGGCCUAAGGCUGCUACUAAAUUCAGGCCCUGCUGAGAGAAAGCAAAGUUAGCAAGAGUCAAGGUAUGAGCAGCAGUCAGGCCCUGUUACAAAACAUGCUUAUGUGGAAGUUCACAGGACCUAGCAGUGUUAUGCUUAUAAGAAGCAUACACAAUUUUUUAAAAAGAGGGUAAGGCAAUAUGCUACAUUUAUUGAGAGUACAGUUUAAGCAUUAAAAUCAGCAUAUGCUUUCAUACAUGCACACACACCAAAAGGUUCUGCAACUGGAUCUUAUAGUUACCAGUCCAUAGUGUUGCUUGGUCAGUUCCAGUGGCCAGCUGAAACUGCACACGAGGGAGGGGAGCUGGACUUCUGUCAAACACAUUCAAAGCUCUGAUGUUGAUGCAGAAUGAACCCAAAGUCCCACAGCAAUACACCUUUCUUUUAUGGUGAUAAGUUCCCAUACAAGUCUCUGGACCUUGCUGUGUCAUACCAGAGCUGUCAAUCAUGAGGUAUUCAAGGUUGCUCUUAAUUAGCAUUAUUUUGAGUUGUUACCAGGAGGAUCCACAAUUGUUUCUUAUCUUGUCCUUAUGGCUCAACUCCUUCUCUUGUCCUUGGGGUGUAUGCCUUUAGGGUUGUCAAUUUGCCAUCCGGGUGAUUGAUAAUAAAGAUGGUGUCUCUUGACUCCUCCACUCCCUUCUUGA